GGUUAAAAAUGGCGUAUUUCGCUAGUCAAAAAAGUCUAAUGAAAAUCAUCGGGAAAAUAGUGAAAACUUAAAAGUAAUUUUGUGUAAAACUAUCGUGAAAAUUGCAAUCAAGAGUGGAAUUUUAACAUUUUAUAAAUCAAAGAUAAAGGAAAAUACAUGACAAAUAACCGAGACCUUAGAAUGAAUUUGUUAAGAACCAUUGUUGGUGCGUAUCGAUAAAAAAAAGUGUGUGAAACAGAGAAAAAAUACUGCGUUUUUACGAAUUGUUUUCAAACCGUUCAUUCCCCGUAAAUUAAUUUAUUAUUUGUUGCCAAUAAGUGCUUGUAACUUUUGUAACGAACGAAUAACCUGGACUGUCGAUCGACCUAAAGUGUCCUAAGAGGAUCGUCGGGAUUGUCACACCAGAUUAAACACAGAUGACAGUCGAUCUUUCAUACAAUUCACCGAAUCUAUCUUAACACAAUAUUACCAUGGCUGAACCAUUUCGUGCCAAACCCGCUUCGGCUAUCACAAAAGAAGGAUGGCUGUUCAAGCGCGGCGAACACAUAAAAAACUGGCGCAAACGAUAUUUUGUGUUGCGCGAGGACGGCAGUCUGUUGGGCUACAAAUCGAAACCGGAAUCAACGGCACCUGCCGAAACGCUGAAUAAUUUCACCGUAAAACGAUGCCAGAUAAUGUCGAUCGAUCGACCGAAACCAUUCACAUUUAUCAUACGCGGUUUGCAAUGGACGAAUGUGAUCGAACGGAUGUUCCAUGUGGAAAGUGAAGAGGAACUGUUCCAAUGGAUGGAGGCCAUCCGAUAUGUUGCGAAUCGCUUGAAUGCAGAGGAGGAAUUGUCAAUGUCACCAUCGACUACCAACGAUCAAAUGGGCGACGUUGACAUGGGCGAUGAACUAUCCGAAAAGUUUUCCGUACAAGGUACAUCGACUGGGAAAGUUAGUGGCAAAACCAAAGUCACACUCGAAAAUUUCGAAUUCUUAAAAGUUCUCGGCAAAGGCACAUUCGGCAAAGUUAUUUUGUGCAGAGAGAAAAGCACUUCCAUUCUCUAUGCAAUCAAGAUCCUCAAGAAAGAUGUGAUCAUCCAGAAAGAUGAAAUAAAACACACAUUGACUGAAAAUCGAGUUCUUCGUUCAACCAGACAUCCAUUUAUAAUUUCGCUCAAAUAUUCAUUUCAAACUGCCGAUCGUUUAUGCCUUGUAAUGCACUAUGUAAACGGAGGAGAAUUAUUUUUCCAUUUAAGUCGCGAUCGAAUUUUCUCUGAAGAUCGGACCCGUUUCUAUGGUGCAGAAAUUGUCUCUGCAUUGGGCUACCUGCACUCACAAGGCAUCAUUUACCGUGAUCUUAAACUAGAGAAUUUGCUGUUGGACAAGGAUGGUCAUAUCAAAAUCGCCGACUUUGGCUUGUGCAAAGAGGACAUAACAUACGGCUCGACAACGAAAACAUUUUGCGGAACGCCCGAAUAUCUCGCCCCAGAAGUGCUCGAAGAUAACGAUUAUGGCCGUGCGGUCGAUUGGUGGGGAACUGGUGUCGUUAUGUACGAAAUGAUGUGCGGUCGGCUGCCAUUUUACAAUCGCGACCACGAUGUACUGUUCACACUGAUUCUGAUGGAGGAAGUGAAAUUCCCCAGGAAUAUUUCGCUCGAUGCUAAAACACUGUUGACCGGACUGUUAGCCAAAUCGCCGAGCGAACGUUUGGGUGGUGGCCCGGAUGAUGUGAAAGAAAUACAGGCACAUCCGUUUUUCGCUUGCAUCAACUGGACGGAUUUGGUCAAUAAGAGGAUAACACCGCCAUUCAAACCACAAGUGUCCUCCGACACGGACACAAGAUACUUUGACUCGGAAUUUACUGGCGAGAGUGUAGAAUUAACGCCACCGGAUGCAUCCGCACCGUUAUUGGGCGCUAUACAAGAGGAACCUUUUCCUCAGUUCAGUUAUCAAGACUUGGGUUCAACGUUGGGUACAUCUUCUCAUAUCGCGGCCAGCAGUGGACUCAGUUACUUCAGUUAUAAUAAUUGAAGGCUCGUAGAAUUCAAAACUAUCUAAUGGCAUCGAUUACAACAUCAAAUGCAAAGAAUAAUAAAAGCAGCUUCUUCCAUUCGACAUCUUUUUUACAUCCGUGUUGAUUAAAAUAAGAGAUAGUUAAUGUUGUGGUCGUCACGUCACCGUUGUAAGUAAAAAAAAAUAACAAACAAAAAAUUAUUAAAGGAAAAAAAAAUAUAUUUAAAGUGAAUUUAGGAAAUAUAAAUAAAUUGACUAAGCUAAAAAAUAAAUUUAAAUAAAAAAAAUUGAAGUAAAAUUUAAAGAAAACAAAAAAAAAUAUUCAAAGAAACUAAAUAAAGAAAAGGCCUAUGAAACUUACAAAACAAAAAAAUAAAAUUGAAAGAAAAAAAAAUUAAAAUUAAAAAAUAAAUUGCAGCGUCGGUCGCACAUUUAACGAUUAAUAUAUUUACUGCUCGCCCUUUUUUUUAGAAAAAACAAAACAAAAAAAAUCUUAAAAUAAUUUCAAUAAAAUGUAAA